CGAUAAGCUGUAAGAGGAAGACAGGGGAGAGGAGAGAAGCGCUUAUUAGGUUUUUAGGUGAUCCGUGUUACAUCUUUGAAUGAGACGGGUCGGAUGGGUUAUGGUUAGUUGAUUUGGUUAAAGUGUUUUUGACUUUAAUCACGUUUUAUAUAAAUAGAAAAUAAAUUAUUUUUGUAACAGUGGGUACCGUAUAUCAUAUUUUUUUUAGGAGAGAUGAGAUUAUGGUCAAAUUAUUGAGGUGGAAGUGAAUGUUAGGCAUCUCGGAGAGGGACAUUCCCAACUAGAAUUUGAGGAGAUUAAAGUUGCCGCCUCCUCUGAUAUUUCAUUCUCCGCAGGAAUCCAAUCACUCUUUUCUCCGAAAAAAGAUGCAGAGGAAUGGGGUGAGAAGAGCACAUUCUUUAUGGUGCAAGAGUUUAACACACAACUUGCCUCAUCAUCCUUCUAUUGACAAGUUCCAGGGAAGAGAUUAUUGCAGCACCUCAAACAGUUGCAACGAUGAUAAAAGCUUCGGCAAAGAGUCAUUUCCAUGGAAAAGGCAUUCUAGGAAAGUAUCUCAACGACAACUUCUAUUUGGGAACUCAACAGUUUCUGGGACUCUAUGGGAACCAAAACAUUUUCACACCUUUAGCAAUGACAAGAAGCUCCUUAGAGAAGUACCCAAGUUUGUGAAGAUUGUAGAAGUUGGUCCAAGGGAUGGCCUACAGAACGAGAAAAACAUAGUCCCCACAUCUGUAAAGGUGGAACUCAUUCGUAGAUUGGUUUCUGCUGGAUUGCCCGUUGUCGAAGCUACAAGCUUUGUUUCUCCUAAAUGGGUUCCCCAGCUUGCAGAUGCAAAGAAUGUAAUGGAUGCAGUAAAUAGUCUACAUGGGGCUCGAUUCCCAGUUCUGGCUCCCAAUCUUAAAGGUUUUGAAGCAGCUGUAUCUGCAGGUGCUAAGGAAGUUGCAAUCUUUGCAUCGGCUUCCGAGUCAUUCUCUUUGACCGAUAUUAACUCUACCAUUCAAGAGAGUCUCUUGAGAUAUCGUGCUGUUGCCACUGCUGCAAAGGAGCAUUCCAUCCCUGUACGUAUCUUGCGUGGUCGGGUGUCCAGUGGAAGGAGCGGUUCCACCCUCAAAAGUAGCGCAUGUCGUUAAAGAGCUCUAUGACAUGGGCUGCUUUGAGAUUUCUCUUGGUGAUACAAUUGGAAUCGGCACUCCUGAUUCUGUUCUUAUAAAAUGAAUCAGGUUCUGUGGUUCCCAUGCUUGAAGCCGUGAUGGCAGCUGUGCCAGCGGAAAAGCUGGCUGUUCACUUCCACGAUACCUAUGGACAAGCUCUUGCAAACAUAUUGGUAUCUCUCCAAAUGGGAAUAAACAUAGUAGACUCAUCAGUUGCUGGAUUAGGCGGUUGCCCAUCAUACCAAAAAUAAGUAUGGAAAAGUUGGUAAAAUAGAACAAAAUUUCAAUAUGUUUCUCUUUAGCAUAAAAGUCAACCUAAGUUUGUUCUCGUAGUAUAAUAUCUAUUCUAUUUCACAACUUCACUUCACUUCAUGUGUGAUUUUUAAGUUGGACCAUUUUAAAUAAGUUUAUUAAUUGCAUAUUUGUUGUUAUCUUCA